GGCAGUUAUGAUCUGGAGUUAUGAUCUGGAGUUAUGAUCUGGAGUUACGAUCUGGAGUUACGAUUGGGUCUUUUACAGUCAGUACAGUAGCUCAGUAGUAUAUAACUUGUACAUAGAUAGUGUAGUUUGACUCUUUAUAAUAAAGUAUCGUAUGUUACUCUGAACUCUGAAGUUUGUCGUAUCAUAUUGGCGUCAUCGUUUCGUAGAGACCCAACACUGGUGAGCAGCGAUGGGAUAUGAACUUAUACACGCUUAUAGCGCUACCAACAAUUAAGAGACUUUAAGAUGGCGCCAAGAAAAUAUAAAGAUAAACCAGCUAAACGGAGACAUGAUCGUUACCAAAACUUGCAGAACAUUUGCAGAUUUGCAGAACAUUUAUUCUCUCAUUAGAGAGUGGUGGCAGCAAACUUUUUAUAAUAUGAUUAGUGACAUUUAAUUGUGGAAUGCAGUAUUGAACUUAGGAUGUCAGCACGGGGUACCAUGAUGUCACGUCGGGGUAAAAUUCUCAACAUGCAGGAUCAGCGGUACUCAGCUUCACAUUGUUUGAGGGACUUUGUUCAUACUGAACUUUUGCGAAGAAAGCAGUGCCAUUAUGAAGCCAUUUUGGGAUGGGUCGCAGUUAUACUCAUUCUAAUAACCUUGAUAAUGGUUCAUUUGUUUAUUGAUGUACAGGAUCCCAUACCUGUCAUCUUGGACAAAUUCAGUCAGGUGUUAUAUUUGUGUUAUUUGAGUAUGUCUAUGAUGCGUCAGGACAUAUGUAGGAUCAGAGAGACACUAGAGAUUCAGAGAUCAGAGAUUGAUCGAAUCUUCAGUUUUAUAUGCGGAGAUCAGAGAUUGAUCGAAACUUCAGUUUUAUAUUUAGAGAUCAAAGAUUGAUCGAAUCUUCAGUUUUAUAUGCAGAGAUCAGAGAUUGAUCGAAACUUCAGUUUUAUAUUUAGAGAUCAAAGAUUGAUCGAAUCUUCAGUUUUAUAUUCAGAGAUCAGAGACUGACCAGUUCUUUAUUCAGAGAGACAUUUUCAUGGGAUCCAGGAUGCUGCUAAAAUGCCUUUUGACUAUUAUUU